AAUGUAUAAAGAUCCGACCAUUGUAAUUGAAAGCUAACUGAGAAAACCAGAAGAUAAAUGGCAUCAAAUCUGAAUCCAAGGUAUGCAUACACAGUGGUUUAUGUUAGAGAUGUAGCCAAAUCUGUUGCAUUUUACGCCAAGGCAUUUGGUUAUCAAGUACGCCGCUUAGAUCACUCUAACAGAUGGGGUGAGCUGGAGAGUGGGGAGACCACAAUAGCAUUAACACCUGCGCACCAGCACGAGACGGAUGAUUUGAGUGGCGAGGUGCGUAUGCCACAAUCUAGCAAUGAGAGGAACUCAAUCGAAGUCUGUUUUGAAUAUUCAGAUGUGGAUUCCGCCUACAAGAAUGCUGUCGAGAACGGUGCCGUACCAGUUAGUGAGCCAGACGAGAAGGAAUGGGGACAAAAGGUAGGAUAUGUUCGAGAUAUUGACGGGAUUGUCGUGAGGAUGGGGAGCUACGUGAAUUCGUCCAAAGCCCAUCACUGAACAUCAGCCUAUAUUCUGGAUUUAUCUCAUCUCAUCUCAUGGCUUUCAUUCCCUUCCUUAAUGUUUGUACCAAUUACAGAUCAUAUACUUUUGGAAGUUGCAGCUCAUCAUUUGAAUUAAUCUUUGUAGAUUGGGAUUAUAAUCCUCUAUAUACAUAGUUGGGUCAAUUUCAAGCGCCAGUCUUUCCAUGACAAAUUCGUUUAUAUUGUGGUUCUCCUAGUUCAUGAUUUGGACCUAGGGUCUUUAUAUAAUUCUUGUAGCUUGGGAUAAUUUUCUUAUAUUUAUGUUGGAAUGUAUGUACGAAAACAUUUAACAUGUGUUUAUUUAAGUUUUCAUAGUCAAGGGCGUUCAAUA